AUGAAGCAGUUACAAAGGACAUACGUAGGCUGCUGUUGUACUCUCAUUUUUGUGCUUCUAUUCUCACAUCCAUUAUCAGUCACAGCUCAAGAAGUUGAGGAUGAGAGAGAGUUUGAUUACAUUGAAGGAAGCGAGAAGGGGCCAGCGCAUUGGGGAGAGCUUAAGAAAGAAUGGACAGAUUGUAAAUCCGGACGUUUCCAAUCUCCCAUUGACAUGUCUGACUCAAGAGUGAAAAUGGUUCAAUGGGAAGGAUAUGAUAAAGUGGGAUCGAUACAGAUCAAUGGCACCAAAUACUUUCUCCAACAAUGCCACUGGCACUCACCUUCCGAGCAUACCAUCAAUGGGAGAAGGUAUGACAUGGAGCUACACAUGGUUCACACAAAUCCAGACCAGAAGAUCGCUGUUAUUGGAUAUCUUUACAAGAUUGGUAAACCUGAUGCUUUCCUCUCCAAGUUGCUCAAGGAUAUAACGUCUAUGACUGAUCAAAAAUUGGAAAGAGACAUGGGGAUAGUUGACCCUAGGGAGAUCAAGUUAGGUGGCAAGAAAUAUUACAGAUACAUGGGCUCACUCACCACUCCUCCUUGCACGCAAGAUGUUAUUUGGACCAUAAACAAAAAGACAAGGACAGUUUCAGAAAACCAAGUUAAAGCACUUCGAGCAGCUGUCCAUGAUGUGAGUAGCCAGAAUUAG